UGCAGCCGCUCAACCAUCCCCUUCACGACCCGCCCAUCCGCCGCUUCUCCCACAGCCUGGUCAGGUGUUCGCUUGUUUCCAUACGUAAACUUUGCAUUUUGGUAACUGAUCAGCUUCUGUGUCGUGACAAACCCAAUCGAGGACAUGUUCAGACGGAUACUUCAAAUGACUCCUGGGAAGGGAGGCUCCCAGAAUGCAGAGUCGGAGAAGCCCACCACUGACCUGAACCACGACCAGACGUCCGAGGGCUUCAUCUGUCCUCAGUGCAUGAAGUCUCACAACUCUGCAGACGAACUCUUCAAACACUAUGAGCUGUUCCACGACACUGGAGACCUCCCCGCUCAUGUGGCUCCCACGCGUGAAGACCUCACCAUGUUGCGGCAGGAGGUCCAGGAUCUCCACGCUUCUCUCAAGGAGGAGCGAUGGUUCUCUGGAGAACUAAAGAAAGAAUUGGACAAAGUUCAAGGACAACUGAAGCAAAACGAUGAACCAAUAAGCGCUGAGGACUCAGCCCUCGAAAGAAAGUUGGUGGAAGCAGAGACGGAGAAGUUCAACAUUAAGCAGAUGAAAGACCUGUUUGAGCAGAAGGCAGCGCAGCUGGCCACAGAGAUAGUAGACCUGAAGUCUCGCUACGACGAGGAGAAAAGCCUGAGGGAGGCUGCCGAUCAGAGGGUUUCCAGUUUGAGCGAACAGCUGCAGAGGGAGAAGCAGGAGAAUGAGACACUUCAAACAGAACUGCUGCAGCGGCCGGGAGUGGAGGACGUGGAGGUUCUGCAGAAGGAGCUGGUCCAGGUGCAGACACUCAUGGACCAGAUGACCCGUGAGCGGGAGGAAGAGUCCGAGCGCCUCAAAAGCCACUACACAGAGCUGCAGGCUAACUACACUACCUCAGAGAUUCAAAAACUGGAGAUGACCAUAUCCCAACUAAAAGCCGAGCUGGAGAAGGGCCCGCAGGAAGCCGCUGUCUACACGCAACAAAUCCACGAGCUGCAGGGGAAUCUCAAUAAUUUGCAGCAACAGUGUCAGAGUCUCUCUGAGAAACUCGCGCGUAAGGAGAAGGAGCUUCAUGAAGUGGAGGACACUCUGGGAGCCGAGAAAGCUGCCAAGAAGGGCGUCCAGGACAGCCUGAGGGAGCGGGACUCGGAGGUGCAGGAGCUCCAGGCUCGAGCCGCGGCGGCCGAAGCGUCCCUUCAGAAGGCCCAGGCCGAGCUGGCGGAGAGGGCCGAGGAGGCGGCCAAGCUGAGGAGCGAGGUAGCAGAGCUGGAGGUGAAACACGCAGAGCUGAAGGUGGAGAGGAAGCAGCUGGAGCAUCAGAGGGAGGAAAAAGAAAGCCAAGGUGCCCAGCAGCAGACGGAGAUCAGUCAGCUGCAUGCCAAACUGCUGGAGGCCGAGCGGCAGGUAGGCGAGCUGCAGGGCCGUCUGAAGGAGCAGAGGCAGCUUUCUGGAGAGAAACUGAAGGACAGAGAGCAGCAAGCGGCCGACCUCCAGUUCAAACUCUCCCGAACUGAAGAACAGCUAAAGGAGAGCUGCAGUAAGAACUCGGACCUGCAGCACCAGCUGGAGAAAGCCAAGCAGCAGCACCAGGAGCUUCAGGCGCUGCAGCAAAACACCAACGGCAAACUGCGGGAGGCGCAGAAUGACUUGGAGCAGGUGCUGCGUCAGAUCGGGGACAAAGACCAGAAGAUCCAGAACCUGGAGGCUCUGCUUCAGAAGAGUAAAGACACUGUGACCCAGCUGGAGGCGGAGAGAGAGGAUCUGUGUGCCAAAAUCCAGGCUGGGGAGGGAGAGACGGCGCUCCUCAACCAGCUGAAAGAGAAGAACCACGCACUGCAUGAACAGGUUGCGCAGUUGACGGACAAGCUGAAGAACCAGUCGGAGAGCAACAAGCAGGCCCAGGACAACCUCCACAAGCAGGUCCAGGAGCAGAAGACUCAGCUGCGUUCAGCCCAGGACCGAGCGCAGACCCUGGAGACGUCCGUCACCGAGCUCACCGCCCAGCUCACUGACAGCAAGGAGAAAGUAUCCCAGCUGGACGCUCAGCUGAAGGCCAAAACAGAGUUGCUCCUGUCUGCAGAGGCGGCCAAGGCCGCGCAGAAGGCCGACCUGGAGAACAGCCUGGAGGCGUCUCAGCACGCUCUGCAGGACAAACAGCAGGAGCUGAGCGAAGCGCAGAAGAGGCUGGAGGAUCAGGCCCAGAGGCUCAGAGACAGACAGGAGCAGAGUGCCCAGCUGGAGAGCAGCCUGAAGGAAUGUAAAGACAAACUGCUGGCCUCAGAGCAGCGGGUGGAGCAGCUGGAAGGGCUCAGCAAGAAACUGGAGUCUCAGGCGGCGGAGGUGCAGACCGCGAGAGAUCAGCUGCAGCUGGAGGUGCAGAAACUGCAGAAGGAAAGUUCAGAGGUGAAACAGAAAGCAAAGGAGCUGCAGCGCUCCCUGGAAACAGAAAAGGAAGGAACGAAGAGUCUGCAUGAGGAGCUGCAGAAAAAGGCUGCGGCUGCGAGUGGCGUGCAGCAGCAGCUGGAGCGCUGUGAGCAGGAAAUGGCGGCUCUGAAGGUGAACCUGGACAAGGUGACCCAGGAGGGACAGAGUCGGCAAGCGGAGCUGAGCAAGAAGGCUCAGAGUCUGGCUGCAGAGCUGCAGAAGGCCCAGCAGGAGAAGGAGGCGCAGAGGAAGGAGCUCGGAGCGACUCAGGAGAGCCUGCAGAAGGCCAACAAGGCUCUGAAGGAGAGUCAGAAUCAGCUGGAGGCCGACAGGAAGAACCAUAAAUCAGCCAUGGAGGACAAGGACAAGUCUAACGAAAAGACAAGAAAGGAGCUUUUGAAAACUAACGAGGCCAUCACUAAGAAAAUGAACGAAUCGAAGGAGCAGCUGGAGCAAACGAGAGAGGCGGAGAAAACGUUGAAGGCGCGGCUCACGUCAUUUGAGCAGCAGCACUCACAGACUCGGGGGACGCUGAAGGCAAAGGAGGAAGAGUUGAAGAAGUUGCAGGACCAGCUGAAGACAGUUCGGGGAUCCAUGGAGGAGGAGGCGAAGAGGCUGAGCGGCCAAGUGGCCGACCUGCAGGAAGCGGCUGUCAAGAAGGCAGAAGAGGAGAGGAAACUGACGGCUCGGGUGUCGGAGCUCGGCCAGGAUCUGACCGCUGAGAGGAGCCGGGCGGCGGAGCUGCAGCAGUCACUGCAGCAAAGCCAGGAAAACCUCUCAAAGCUUCAGUCCGACUUUUACGGCAAAGACUCUGAGGUUUCCUCUCUGCGUCAAGACCUGAAGAGCUCAGAGGAGAAGCUGAGCAUGGCUCAGGAGGAGCUGGCCGCCAAUCGGACGCAUCAGUCGGCUUUGGAGGCUCAGAUCCAGGAGCUGAAGGCGGCCCGGUCCGCACUGGAGCAAGAACUCUCCAAACGGCACCAGACGCUCCAGCAGCAGGAACAAGCCCUGAAGGAGCUGCAAAAGCAAGAGGGUCAAGUUAAGGAGGAACUGCAGAAGGAGAGAAGCAAGGCGGAGGAGCUGAACAAAGCCAAGAGCGCGCUGGAAAAGAACAGCAGCAAACUGACCUCUGACCUGAAAACGCUGGCGGAGAAAAGUGAGAAGGAACUAAGAGAGUUGCAGGAAGCCAAGCAGCUGCUGAUCCAGCAGAAACUGGAGCUGCAGGGUCAAGUGGAGGCCGCGCAGGGGGCGCUCAAGGAGGAGCAGAAGGAGCACCAGGUCACCAAGGACAACAGGAGCAAGCGAGAGCAGCAGCUCCUCGCCCAGACAAAGGAAGUCCAGGACCAACUCGCGGCGGAGAGGAGAGCCAGAGAGGAGCAGGUGAAGCGCGGGGAGGAGGCUGAGGCUAAGCUGAGCGUGCAGGUCACGGCCCUGAAUGAAAACGUGGCCACGCUGAAGAGGGAGUGGCAGAGCAGCCAGCGGAGAGUCGGCGAGCUGGAGAAGCAGACGGACGAGCUGAGAGGGGAGAUCGCUGUGCUGGAGGCCACGGUCCAGAACAACCAGGACGAGCGGCGGGCUCUUCUGGAGAGGUGCGUCGCGGGUGAAGGCGAGAUCGAGAAGCUCCAGGCCAAAGUGGUGGAGCUCCGGAGGAAGCUGGACGACACCACGGCGGCCAUGCAGGAGCUCGGCAGAGAGAACCAGUCGCUCCAGAUCAAACAGUCGCAGAGUCUGACCAGAAAGUGGGCGGAGGACCACGAAGUCCAGAACUGCAUGGCCUGUGGGAAGGGCUUCACCGUCACGGUCAGGAAGCACCACUGUCGACACUGCGGGAACAUCUUCUGCGGCGAGUGCUCAGCGAGGAGCGCCCUCACGCCGUCCUCCAAGAAGCCCGUUCGGGUUUGCGAGACGUGCUUUGAGGAGCUCCAGGGCUGAUCCUCGGUGUUCUCCUGCCCCUCAACUCCCUCCCUUUAACCCUUUAUAUUCCAGCGGGCAGAAGAAGGCUAGUCUUUGUCAUUUUUUUAAAUGUGCACUAAUGAGAGACCGCCCCAGCGCAAAAAAAAAAAAAAAAAAAAGACUCCCAUUUGCAUAGGCCGUCCGGCCGCGGUGCAGAGGAGACGCGGCGGAGAUGCAGUGGGAUCAGCUGGGACCGUCCGUAUCUGUUUUUGUGCCUUUUGCUCCUCCUGUGGACUGCCAGAGAGCGGAGGCGGGGUGGAUCCGCGCUCACCUCCUUUAAGUUCGUAUUCAGGCCUCCAUCGGUGUUCGGCAUCGUCGGCAGUUGUGAGGUGGCUGCUUUGAUCUUUGCUCGUGUCUGUUAGCGUCACGCUGCUCCGGGGCGUGAACCGACUCAGCUCAGUGCAGCUCUGCCAUACAAAGAUAAAUGCAAGUAACUUAUUAUUUGCUUGUAAUUAUACAACUCUAUUAUAGAACUCUUGAAUUCAUGCAUUCGAGGUAAGAAAGAACUACCUAUAAAAGUAUCAUUUAGGAAAA